AUGACAGAACUCUCCACGGCGCCUGUCCUCUCGACCCCGGCCGAGCACACGUUUGAAGACCCGACGCCGCCGCCGCCGCCGCCGCCGACCGAGUCGCGCACCGAAGAUGAGCUCGCCUCCGUCUACGAGAUCGAGCGCACGGCGCGCGAGAUCAAGGAGGGCGGCUGGACCCGCGUGGCCCUGCAGUUCCCGGACUCGAUGCUGCGCGACGCCUCAUGGGUCGCCGAGGCGCUGACGACGGCGUUGGGGGGCACCGACAGCCACAGAGUCUACAUCCUCGCCGACACGUCCUACAGCGCCUGCUGCGUCGACGAGAUCGCCGCCGAGCACGCCGACGCCCAGGUGGUCGUGCACUACGGCCGCUCGUGCCUGUCGCCCACGUCGAGGCUACCCGUCAUCUACGUCUUCACGCGACACUCCCUCGACGUCGACCAGGCCGUCGAGGCCUUCCGGAAAGAGUUCCCCGCCACGGACAAGAAGGUCGUCGUGAUGGCCGACGUGACGUACCAAGACCACGUCGUUCCGCUGACGUCCAAGUUGCGGGCGGCCGGGUACACGGCGCUGCUGCACACCGAAGUGGUCCACGACCCCGCCGGCACGAUCCCGAACCGCACACUCGUCGACUCGUCCUCCGGCGAGGCCCCCGAGACCGACCUCUCCCAAUACUACCUCUUCCACGUCUCGGCGCCGCCGCCGGCGCUGCUCCUCGCCCUGCAGACCCGCAUGGCGUCCCUGCACGUGCUCUCGACGCCGAGCCUGUCGACCGACGACCCGACGAGGACAACCAACGCGCUGCUGCGCCGGCGGUUCGCGCGGGUCCUGACGCUCGCGGCGGCCGGCGUCGUGGGCAUCCUGGUCAACACGCUCUCCGUGUCCAACUACCUGGGCAGCAUCGAGCUCCUGCGGCGGCGCAUCGCCGAGGCCGGCAAGAAGAGCUACACGGUGGUGGUGGGCAAGCUCAACGCCGCCAAGCUGGCCAACUUUGCCGAGGUCGACGGCUGGGUCGUCGUCGGGUGCUGGGAGAGCGGGCUCGUCGAGGAGGACGCCGGCUUCUUCAAGCCCGUCAUUACCCCCUUUGAGAUGGAGGUGGCGCUCAAGCCCGAGAGUGAGCGCGUGUGGGGCCUCGAGUGGUGGGGCGGCAUCGAGAAGAUGGACCACGCCGCCGCCGCCGCCGCCGGCGGACAAGAGGACGAGGAGCUCGACGACGACGAGUCGGCGCCGCCCGAGUACGACCUGCGCACGGGCAAGCUCGUGGCCAGCCGGCCGAUGAGGAUGCCCGUACGGUCGGCCAACGGCGACCCCAAGACCGGCAGCGGCGGGAAGGAAGAGGCGAGCGGCGGCGCGGCGGCGGGGCAGUCGGCGCUGGUGCGGCGGGAGGUCGGCGAAGUGGCCACCAUCAACGGCGUGCUGAGCCCCGGCGCCGAGUACCUGCGGUCGCAGAGGACAUGGCAGGGUCUCGGGACGGACUACGACGAGGAGAGCAGCACCGUCGUCGAGGAGGGCCGGAGCGGCGUCGCGCGCGGGUACACGGUGGCGAGGACGACGGCAGGGCAUAGCAAGCAUCGGGGUCUGGAUACCAAAAAUUGGCGUGAGGGAUGCUUUGCACCGGGAUAG